UGUAAGUGAAAGUGAAACUCAGCAGCUCCGUUUUGUGUCGAUGAGAAAAAUAACUCUUCAGGAGUAAAAACACAAGUGAUGGAGGGAAAGAGAUCAGACUCACCAGAACCCAGCUGUGUGUCCAUGAAGAGUGAUGCGUCAAAGAAUCCCAUAACUAACUUCAGAGACAGAGACAGUUCUACUGAUCUGAGGAUGAUGGAGGGAAAGAGAUCAGACUCACCAGAACCCAGCUGUGUGUCCAUGAAGAGUGAUGCGUCAAAGAAUCCCAUAACUAACUUCAGAGACAGAGACAGAUCUACUGAUCUGAGACCACAAAAGAAGAAAUCAAACAUCAGCAGAUGUUUCAAGGAGCUGGAUUACCCAGCAUGCACUGAGAGGGAGGUGGAGGAUGAGGAGGAUCUGCACAGUGUGAAUGAGGGAGCGCUGAAGAUCACACUGCACGUCCUGAAGAACAUGAACCACACAGAUCUCGCUAACACACUGCACAACAAAUCAGUGGCCUCUGUGAAUCAGCCAAAGCUGAAAUCCAACCUGAGAGAGAAGUGUAAAAGAAUUAAUGAAGGAAUCUCACAGCAUGGAAGCUCAGCUCUUCUGAAUGAGAUCUACACAGAUCUCUACAUCACAGAGGGUUGGAGUGGAGACGUCAAUAAUGAACAUGAGGUGAGACAGAUUGAGACAGCAUCCAGGAGACCAGCAACACAGGAGACACCCAUCAAAUGUAAUGACCUCUUUAAAGACAAGUCCAUCAGAACUGUGCUGACUAAAGGAGUUGCUGGAAUUGGAAAAACAGUCUCUGUGCAGAAGUUCAUUCUGGACUGGGCUGAAGGAAAAGCAAAUCAGGACGUCACCUUCAUGUUUCCUCUUCCCAUUAGAGAGCUGAAUCUGAUGAAGCAGCAAAAUCUCAGUCUGAUGAAUCUUCUUCAUCACUUUUUCCCAGAAAUGAGAAAGCUAGAAUUAUCAGACUGUAACUCCUAUAAAGUCCUCUUUAUCUUCGAUGGUCUGGAUGAGUGUCGACUUCCUCUAAAUUUCCAGAAGAAUGAGAGAUUGUGUGAUGUGACAGAGUCAGCCUCAGUGGAUGUGCUGCUGACAAACCUCAUCAAGGGGAAUCUGCUUUCCUCUGCUCUCCUCUGGAUAACCUCUCGACCAGGAGCAGCCAAUCAGAUCCCUUCUGAGUGUGUAGACCAGGUAACAGAGGUACGAGGCUUCAGUGAUCCUCAGAAAGAGACGUACUUCAGGAAGAGGAUCAGUGAUCAGAGCCUGGCCAAUAAAAUCAUCACACACAUGAAGUCUUCAAGAAGCCUCUACAUCAUGUGCCACAUCCCAGUCUUCUGCUGGAUUUCAGCCACUGUUCUAGAGAGAAUGUUGGGUGAAGCAGAGAGUGGAGAGAUCCCCAAGACUAUGACUCAAAUGUUCACACACUUCCUGAUCUUUCAGAUCAAACACAAGGACCAAAAGUACCAUCAGAAAUGUGACCCUGAUCCUCAGCAGACCAGAGAGAGUAUCCUGGCACUGGGAAAACUGGCUUUCCAACAGCUGGAGAAAGGAAACCAGAUCUUCUAUGAGGAAGACCUGAGAGAGUGUGGUAUUGAUGUCAGAGAAGCUUCAGUGUACUCAGGAGAGUGUACCCAGAUCUUCAGAGAGGAGUUUGGGCUUCACCUGAGGAAGGUGUUCAGCUUUGUACAUCUGAGUGUUCAGGAGUUUCUGGCUGCUUUAUACGUGUUUCUCUCCUUCAUCAGCAGAAAUGUAACAGAACAAAAAACGACUGAUCUGUCUGAUCUUUUCAACAAGUCCAACAUAUCUGAUUUCCUCAGGAGUGCAGUGGACAAGGCCUUACAGAGUGAGAAUGGACACCUGGACCUGUUCCUCCGCUUCCUUCUGGGUCUCUCACUGGAGUCCAAUCAGACUCUCUUACGAGGCUUAAUGCCCCAGACAGGAAGCAGCUCUCACAGCAAACAGGAAACAGUCGAGUACAUCAAGAAGAAGAUCAGGGAGAAUCCAUCUCCAGAGAAAUCCAUCAAUCUGUUCCACUGUCUGAAUGAACUGAAUGAUCAUUCUCUAGUGCAGGAAGUACAAACUUACCUGAACAGAGGAGGUAACAGGGGUAUCAAGGGAAUCAGUCUCUCUCCUGCUCAGUGGUCAGCUCUGGUAUUUGUGUUACUGAACUCAGAACAGCAGCUGGAUGAGUUUAAUUUGAAUAAAUAUUACGCAUCAGAUGAAUGUCUUCUGAGGCUGCUGCCAGUGGUCAAAGCCUCCAGAAAAGCUGAUCUGUGUGGGUGUGAUUUGACAGAGGAAAGCUGUAGAGUUCUGUCCUCAGUUCUCAGCUCAAACUCCUCCAGUCUGAGAGAACUGAACCUGAGUGGAAAUAAACUGCAGGAUUCAGGAGUGAAGCUGCUCUCUGCUGGACUGGAGAAUCCACACUGUACACUGGAGAAACUGAGUCUGUGCGUGUGUAACCUGACAGAGGAAAGCUGUAGAGUUCUGUCCUCAGUUCUCAGCUCAAACUCCUCCAGUCUGAGAGAACUGGACCUGAGUGACAAUAAUCUGCAGGAUUCAGGAGUGAAGCUGCUCUCUGCUGGACUGGAGAAUCCACACUGUACCCUGGAGAUACUGAGGCUGUGUUGGUGUAAUCUGACAGAGGAAAGCUGUAGAGUUCUGUCCUCAGUUCUCAGCUCAAACUCCUCCAGUCUGAGAGAACUGGACCUGAGUUACAAUAACCUGCAGGAAUCAGGAGUGAAGCUGCUCUCUGCUGGACUGGAGAAUCCACACUGUACACUGGAGAUACUGAGUCUGUGUUUGUGUAACCUGAAAGAGGAAAGCUGUAGAGUUCUGUCCUCAGUUCUCAGCUCAAACUCCUCCAGACUGAGAGAACUGAACCUGAGUCACAAUAACCUGCAGGAUUCAGGAGUGAAGCUGCUCUCUGCUGGACUGGAGAAUCCACACUGUACACUGGAGAUACUGAGUCUGUGUUUGUGUAACCUGACAGAGGAAAGCUGUAGAGUUCUGUCCUCAGUUCUCAGCUCAAACUCCUCCAGACUGAGAGAACUGGACCUGAGUAACAAUAACCUGCAGGAUUCAGGAGUGAAGCUGCUCUCUGCUGGACUGGAGAAUCCACACUGUACCCUGGAGAUACUGAGUCUGUGUUGGUGUAACCUGACAGAGGAAAGCUGUAGAGUUCUGUCCUCAGUUCUCAGCUCAAACUCCUCCAGACUGAGAGAACUGAACCUGAGUUACAAUAAACUGCAGGAUUCAGGAGUGAAGCUGCUCUCUGCUGGACUGGAGAAUCCACACUGUACACUGGAGAUACUGAGUCUGUGUGAGUGUAACCUGACAGAGGAAAGCUGUAGAGUUCUGUCCUCAGUUCUCAGCUCAAACUCCUGCAGACUGAGAGAACUGAACCUGAGUAACAAUAAACUGCAGGAUUCAGGAGUGAAGCUGCUCUCUGCUGGACUGGAGAAUCCACACUGUACACUGGAGAUACUGAGUCUGUGUGGGUGUGAUUUGACAGAGGAAAGCUGUAGAGUUCUGUCCUCAGUUCUCAGCUCAAACUCCUCCAGACUGAGAGAACUGUACCUGAGUUUCAAUAAACUGCAGGAUUCAGGAGUGAAGCUGCUCUCUGCUGGACUGGAGAAUCCACACUGUACACUGGAGAAACUGAGUCUGUGUGACUGUAACCUGACAGAGGAAAGCUGUAGAGUUCUGUCCUCAGUUCUCAGCUCAAACUCCUCCAGUCUGAGGGAACUGAACCUGAGUGACAAUAAACUGCAGGAUUCAGGAGUGAAGCUGCUCUCUGCUGGACUGGAGAAUCCACACUGUACACUGGAGAUACUGAGGUUGUAUAAAUGCAGGAUUACAGAUGAAGGUUGUGCCGCUUUGGCUUCAGCUCUGAGGUCAAACUCCUCAUCACACCUGAGAGAACUGAACCUGAACAACAAUAAUCCAGGAGAGUCAGGAGUGAAGCUGCUCUCUGAUCUACUGAAGGAUCCACACUGUACACUGGAGACACUACACAUUACGAGCUGAAUCAUUCACAUUCAGAUGUAGAAGUUCAUGACCGUGACUGAUCGCAUCCUUUAUCCACUCAGCUCACGCUUCUUCAGACUGUAAUAAUAUAUUUUAUCAUGCAAAGUCCUUCACUAUUUACACACAACACAAUAACAUCUUUUCUACUGCAUUUUAAACUAUAAUGUAAACAUGUAGAACUGCAACACGCUUCGACUAUUAAAGAUAUUUACAUAAUUUUAAAAGCAGAAUUAAAAACCUUCUUGUAUAUUUACUGUAUGUAAACCUGUUAUUCCAUACAAUUAUGUAUAUAUGGUGAUAUAUUUAUCUACAUUAUGUGUAAUACAAAAUAAACGGUGACUGGGAAC